UCUUCGUUCCGUUUCUAUCUGAUCGAAGCAGCAAGCAGCCAUGUACAGAUCAAAAACAGUCCUGUCUUCUCUUCGAAAAAGUUACUCAACGAUCUCGACUCGGUCGUAUCUAAGCCGAGCUCAGGUGGGGUUUUCCUCAAACUCGUCUUCGCCAUUUGAUUCCUUUGUAAUCCCUAGUCGAUUUCCGUGGAAAUUCCGCUCUUUUUCUUCGAAACCAGAGUCUAUGCUUCAGUUAGUAGUGGAAAAUGAUUGGUCCAGGGAAGUAGAGGAAGGAUUGAAGAAACCGGAUAUGCCUUUAACCCACGAAACCGCAAUCUAUGUUCUUAGGAAAUUAGAUAAGCACCCAGAUAAAGCUUAUAGCUUUCUCGAUUGGGUUAUCAGAGAAUCAGGGCUUAGUCCAAGUUCUCCACUUUAUAGCACGAUGCUUAGGAUUUUAGUGCAGCAGAGAUCCAUGAAGCGAUUUUGGAUGACACUUAGCGAUAUGAAACGAGGAGGGUUUUAUAUGGAUGAGGAAACGUAUCAGACCGUUUACAGUUUGCUUGAUAAGGAGAAUUCGAAAGCGGAUGCUGUGGCUUUGGCUCAUUUCUAUGAGAGAAUGCUAAAGGAGAACGCAAUGUCCGUUGUUGCAGGUAAUGUUUCUGCUCUAGUUUCAAAAGUGGAUUGGAGUUAUGAGGUUGAGAGCAAAUUGCAGGAUAUGAAACUCGCUUUGUCGGAUAAUUUCGUUAUCAGGGUGUUGAAGGAGCUAAGGGAUCAUCCUUUGAAAGCUUUGGCAUUUUUCCAUUGGGUUGGUGGUAGUUCUUCUGGUUAUAAACACAGUACCAUUACUUACAACGCAGCGUUGAGGGUAUUGGCUAGGCCUAAUUCGGUUGCAGAGUUUUGGAGUGUUGUUGAUGAAAUGAAAGUAGCAGGGCACGAGGUGGAUCUUGACACUUAUAUAAAGGUUUUAAGACAGUUUCAGAAAUCUAGAAUGAUGAUCGAGGCAGUUAAGCUUUACGAGCUUAUGAUGGAUGGUCCGUUCAAGCCAUCUGCUCAAGAUUGUAGUCUUCUGUUGAGGUCCUUAUCGGCUGGUCAUAAACCAGAUUUGGAUUUGGUAUUUCGGGUUUCAAGAAAAUAUGAAUCAACUGGGAAGUCUCUCUCAAAGGCUGUUUAUGAUGGAAUCCACAGGUCUUUAACCAGUGUAGGGAGAUUUGACGAAGCUGAGGAAAUUAUUAAGGCUAUGAGAGACUCGGGUUAUGAGCCGGAUAACAUCACAUACAGUCAACUUGUGUUUGGGCUCUGUAAAGCUAAGAGAUUAGAAGAAGCGCGUGGUGUCUUAGAACAAAUGGAAGCGCAAGGAUGUUUUCCGGACAUAAAAACUUGGACUAUUCUGAUCCAAGGGCAUUGCAAAAACAGUGAAGUGGAUCAGGCCUUUGCGUGUUUUGGGAAUAUGCUAGAGAAAGGGUUUGAUAUCGACUCUGAUCUGCUUGCUGUCUUGGUAAAUGGGUUUCUUAGCCAAAACAGGAUCGAGGGUGCGUGCAAAUUCCUUAUGGAGAUGGUGAGAAAUGCCAAUGUAAAGCCUUGGCAAAACACUUACAAGGCUCUGAUAGACAAGCUGCUAGAGAUCAAGAAGGGAGAGGAGGCGCUAGAUCUUCUUCAGAUGAUGAAGAAGCAAAACUACCCUGUUUAUGCUGAACCUUUUGAUGGAUAUCUUGCAAAGUUUGGGUCUGUGGAAGACGCUAAGAAGUUCUUGGAUGUGCUAAGCUCAAAGGAUUUUCCUUCCUUUGCAGCCAUUUUUCGUGUUAUCGAAUCUUUCUACCGAGAAGGAAGACUCGCUGAUGCGAAAAAUCUCGUCUUCAUAUGUCCCCAUCACUUUAGAACACACCCUAAAAUCACUGAGCUCUUCGGUGCAGCUUGAGGUAAAUCUUAGAACCUCUCUGGAAGUUAGAUUCUUUAACAUUCAUUUCCCUAAUCCUCUCCUCUACCUGUUUGCCUGUUGCACGCACGGCAAGGUUAUGAAAAUAAAGUUUGUAGUGAGUUUAUUUUGUAAGCUUUGUUGAUGGAACACUGAAGGAUGUUGUAGGACUGUUCAUAACCAGUUUGUAUUUCA